GAUCUCUGUCAAUCCCUCCCUCCAAGUGCCAGGGCUCCAGGGCCGUGGUGCUCAUACAUCACAGCAAGGAUAUGGAUGAGGAUUGACCAGCAACCCAGAAAACCCAUUUCCCCAGACGUGCCGAAAUAAACUUGCAAGUAAAAGAAGGAAUAAAGGAAGGGAGAAUAGUCAAAGAUAAUAUGAAUGGCUCAGGUGUGAAAUCUGGGUCCCAGAUGCCAAAUCUAGCGGCGAGUUUUUUGCUGCUCAGAUCCCAAGAUCAUUCUGAUGUAUGAAAUCUCAAAAAUUUUCCCUAACUUCUACGAAAAUAGUUAAGAUUAGAUUACUCAAUAUAAAACUAUAAUAAACGCUUGUCAGGAUGGCCCGUCCUAUGUGACCCUCACAUGCUCAAUUUAUGUAGUAGCCUCAGCCUCGGUCAAUAGCCCCCAUAAAAUCUUCCUUACACUCAACGGCAGAAGGGCGAGAGAAGGACUCAAGUCCCUAACCAGCAGACUGAUUCGCUUCUCGUCUCAACAACUCUCUCUGUCUCUCUGUUUCUCCCUGCCUGUCUCCCCUCCAGGCACUGGCUGGCGCUGUACGAUGUCUUCUUCACACAGAAAAGGCCUCAGCCGGAACACAGUUGCAGUGGACGUAAGUUGUGGGUGUCGAAGGCCAAAGCUCUCCGAUAUAUUCAGCCCCAGAACAAAGAGCAAGGCUUCAGCAUACCACAAGUCCGAUCUCUAUGGCUCCUCCUCGAGCUCCUGGGAUAGAGGUGGCUUCUCGGUCGACGAAGACGACACGACCACUACAUUCUCUCCCAACAUGGACACGUCUCCAACCCAUUCUGAGGAAGAAGAAUAUGAUCUGAAGAACUCAAAGAUGGUUACUGGGUUCGGGAGAAUUGGCGAGAGCGUGGCUGUGGUGAAGGAUUCCAAUGACCCAUAUCUUGAUUUCCGGCGUUCCAUGCUUCAAAUGAUCUUAGAGAACGAAAUUUACGCCCGGGAGGAUCUUCGGGACCUCCUCGACUGCUUCCUGCAGCUGAAUUCUCCCUACCACCAUGAGAUCAUCGUCAGAGCCUUCACAGAGAUCUGGAACGGGUUCCUGGCUGUGAGAGCAGGUGCAAGCGCAAUGAAGCCGGUGGCUCGACGGAUGUCACGUGAGUUCUAGGUGUAACACGUGGGAAGUCACGUGAGAUGAUGGGUGCACAGGUAGAAAUGAGAAAUCCCAUUAGAUAUGCUGAGAUUUGGUCAGGUCAGAAAAGAGAAAAAAAACCAGGCAGACUGGUGGAUUUUGGGAAGUAAGUGGGCAUGGUGGGAAAGCAAAGACAUUGGGAUUUGAAUAGAAUAAUGGUGAUGAUGAUGCUAAGUAGUGAAAGGGUAGGGACAUGGGUUUAAUGAGUUUUAAUGGAAGCAGUGAUAGUUUUCUGUGACCUUCUGUACAUUUUCCAAAUUCCAACAAUUAACAUUUACUGCAUUAUUUUGUAUUCCUACGCAUCUUGACGAUAUAUGAGAUUUUAGCUACCAUUUACUGUUCUUUUGUUUAAUGCCUUUGCUGCAUUUAUCAUGAUGACCUUUGAGACUUUGGAUCACAAAGAUCUCUUUCUCUCUGCA